CACGCAAUGGGAAGAACUGAAAAGGGGCUAUAUAAGCAGAGAACGGCCCGGCGACUGACUCAAGAGUAAUCGGAACAUUGCUGCAAAGUCGACAUUCACAAAUAUGAGAGGCCUGUACAUUGUGGUUACCUUUGGACUGCUUGCAUUUCUUGCGGGUCAUGCGAUUGCGUUGCCUCUCGAUGAUGGUGCGACAGAGUCCACAGCGGAGGAGCCAACCACUCUCGACUCCACAGCAUCCGAAUCGACAACACUGGAUCCCAGCACUGAAACGGAGCCCCAAGAAAUAGACACUACUACACUGCCGGCUCCCGUUCUAUGUGAGGAGGGAGAGGAAUUUCGGGCAGCGCCUAAUUGUCAGCAGUACUAUCAAUGCCUGUAUGGGGAGGGAAUCUUAAAACUCUGUCCACCGGACCUCUAUUGGGAUCCAGAGCUUAACGUUUGCGGCUGGGACUCACAAUACUGUGAGAAUAUCGACGGGCCCGCUGGCACGCAGUCGCCAUCCUCGGACUGUUCUUCUGGCCUGCCGUUCCUUCCCUACGAGCCGGACUGCAGCAAGUACAUUCAGUGUGUCUACAAUAUCGGGGUUAAGCAGAACUGUCCCAUCGGGCUUUUCUGGAACCAGCCACUCCAGAGCUGUGACUACACAUGCGACUCCAGUUUUGCGUACCCCGAAGACUAUCAGGAGCAAUGAACGCGUAUGAUGCAACUAACGAAAAUGCGUUCCCAAUAAAUGCAAUAACACAAAA